AUGACCGAACCCCGCAUGCGCCUCCGCCAACACGGCCGCCAAUUCCCCACGACGGACCUGGAAGCCUACCUGAUCGCCUUCGGCGACGCCGUGCCCCCCCUCCCCACCACCAUCGCCGUGCUCGACGAGAUAAUCACCGACUUCAUCAUCGAGUCCUGCCACGAGGCCGCCGCCGCCGCCCAACACUCCCGCCGCGCGAAAAUAAAGGUCGACGACUUCAAGUUCAUGCUAAGGCGCGACGCGGCGAAGCUGGGGCGCAUCAGCGAGCUGAUUGCGAAGGAUAAGGAGAUGAAGGCGCAACGGAAGGCGUUUAGUACCGAGGAGGGGGCCGUGGUG